AUGGGGAAAUUGCAAAGGAAACCUUUAAACAGGUCACAGCAAUUGAUGACGAUUACGCCUAAAGAUCAAUUAAAUGAUGUCCGAAACGAUAGUCGAGCAAUGCAUGAUGUUUUACAGGAUGUUGUCGUUGCCGUUGAUGAGCUUCGCGAUACGUCUGACAUAAUGAUGCGAGCAAAUGAUGGUAACGUUUUAAGCGAAGAUGGCACGAAACGUAGCCAGAGCAGAAAAGGCGGCAACUUCAUCAACACUGACGACAACAAUGAUAAUAAUAACGUUAAGUAUAAAACAGGAAAUGAUAAAAAUGGGAAUGAAAAUGUAAAUGAUGCUCAAGAUUACUACUUUGAUGACCGAAACACAACAAUGAAAACAGUAAUAACAGCGAAGACCGUUGAUAGCUUAAAUGCCGGAAGUAAUAACGCUGUUGACGAUGCUGAUGAAAUCGAUGUUGAAACGAAAGACUUCGAUAAUAAAUCAGAUAAUGAUAUGGUCAACGAUAAUGUUGCAAAAUGGCAGCAGGACAUGACAGCCGCUUUGCAACAGCAAUUGAUCUAUCAAUUUGCAAUAAAAUACAAACAAAUACCAAGAAUUACGCUGUUUACUUGUCGUCAAACACUUUCGACGGAACAGUUGCCAUCAACAGCCAAAAAUAUGGUGACAUUUUUAAGACGAAUGUACUCGAGAAGUGGUUUUAAUUUGCCUGAAAUCGUUAAGCCGUCGGAUAGUUACGCUACCACAACGAAAUCUUCGAUACCGUUAACGAUUAUUCCGAAUAAAUCACGUAAUGCAGAGCGUAUAGUAAACAGUUUAAUGGUGAAAAUAGUGAAAAUUGAUCAAUUGAUAAUUAAACGACGUCCUAGCGAUACUGGCAGUCCAUUACGACGAGGUUUCAACACUCGCAGCGACCGUCCAUCGGAUCGUACAACAUUUACUAAUGCCAAUUGGCUCGAUCAACAAUUCGCACCAAGCACCUUUAAACAGAUUGCCGUUCUAGAUUUGGCUUGUGGUGCUGCCAGUCGACGUGUACUCGAAAUGGCCUCAAGUAAAGCUCUUUUUAACACAAUGUAUCACUGGCUGCUGAUGGGGGAUUAUGCAUUUAAUCGACAAACUGAAACCGAUGAUGCGAAUGAUGUAAAAACCAUGCUGAACAGUAGUAAUAAUGGUAGUAGUAGUAGCAGCAGUAGCAGUAGUAGAAGUGGCAAUUGCAAUAACAUCAAUACUAUUAAGGAGAAUAAGAAGGAAGUUGUCAGCAACAACGAGUUGCUGGUAAAAGUUGGAAAAAAAUCAAAUCCAUCAUCGUCGGAUGUUGGUGGCGCCUCAACUUCCGGUUGUACAGACACUAUUCAUAGCGGUGGUGGCGGUAAUCAACAGUAUAUGGCUGGCGUUGAUGCAGGAGUCGCUGCAUUGCAUGCAGAUGACACGGAGACUAUUGAAAACUUUCUUGAGAAGCUUAACAUCAAUAUAAAUACAGAGUUAACGUUAGCAAAACGUACGCGCAUUCCUCGUUAUAUAGCAUCAUCAACUCCCAAGCCCCAAUACAAUGAUGAUUAUUAUAGUACACUUAACGAGAUGGAUUACUACAAGUUGUACGAUGUUUGGAAUCCCGGCCUUCAAUAUGGUGGCGAAUUGAACGUUUCGGCGAUAGGCAAUUUCACGCUUAUGCACGGCCUUCAACUGGCUGAUUGGUAUCAAUUGUCUCCUCCCGUAACUCGGCGUAUGAAUAUGCAUUUGGUGCGUGUGCGUUGCCUGGUGGUGAUUAUCCACAAAAAUCGCACGGAUACCUUGGAAGAUUAUUUGAACACUCACUAUGACACACAUCUUGAUUCGAUGAAUCGCUUUAAUUUCGCUCUACUAUCAAAUGUAAGAGAUUUAUUUAAUUUCAGUUUCAUUUUGUCGAAAACUUCCUCUUGGGGUUAUUUAAAGAAUGGCAAAUUUGAUGGCAUGAUUGGAGCGUUAGUGCGCAAACAGGCGGAUAUUGGUGGUUCACCGAUUUUUUUCCGCAUCGAACGUGCCAAAGUGAUUGAUUACACAACUCGUACUUGGGUAGCUAGGCCAUGCUUUAUAUUUCGUCAUCCGCGAAGCACUAAGAAAGAUCGAGUUGUAUUCUUGCAACCGUUCACGAAUGAUGUCUGGGUUUAUGUGGCAAUAUUUGGCAUUUUUACUAUUCUACUGCUGUGGAUUUUAACAACAAUUGAGUGCAUUCUGCAACCUGAAAAAGACGUUGAACGGCCAACUACUACAGUGGUAGUCGAUGUGCAGCCAACACUUAUCAUUACUGGCGGAUUACGUAAAACCGGCACCACUAGUAGCAAGCAGCGGCGUAACGCUUCGUUAAAAGGAAGAGUUGUUGGUAAUAUUUUAAAAUUUUUGUUCAUAAACUUUGGUAGCUUUUGUUGUGGCCAAAGUAUUAAUGCAAAAAAACAAAGCGGCCGCGUCGGUCUUUUUCUCGAGUCGUCACUUUUUUACGUGGGUUCGAUAUGCCAACAAGGUUUGUCAUUUUCAACCCAUUUCUUUUCGGGUCGCUGCAUUAUCGUUACUUCGUUAAUGUUUUCAUUCGCCAUUUAUCAAUUUUAUUCCGCUAGUAUUGUGGGUACUUUAUUAAUGGAAAAACCAAAAACUAUACGGACGCUGCGUGACUUAAUACACAGUUCGCUAGAAAUUGGAAUCGAGGACAUCGCUUAUAAUCGUGAUUACUUCUUGCGCACAAAAGACCCAGUGGCGCAAGAAUUGUAUGCUAAAAAGGUCACGAGUGUACCAGCUGGUGAAAACGGUUUUAGUGACGUGCCGGUGGAUGGUGUAUUGCCAACUAUGGCAGUUGAACUAUCGGAUGCCGCCAAAGCAAAAGCAUAUCGUGACAUUUUACAUAGCCAUGAAACGGGAGCUCAUGCCAAGGCUAGUGAAGCGUCCAACUGGUACGAUCCGGAUUUCGGUGUAAACAAAAUAAAGAAAGGCCGUUUCGCAUUUCACGUGGACGUGGCCACAGCCUAUAAAAUCAUAGCAGAUACGUACACGGAGAAGGAAAUCUGUGACCUAACUGAGAUACAGUUGUUUCCACCGCAGAAAAUGGUUAGCAUUGUGCAGAAGGGCUCACCAUUACGUAAAGUAAUAACUUAUGGUUUGCGUCGCGUUGCCGAAGCCGGCAUUACAGACUAUCAGCGUAAGGUGUGGCAUUUCCCUAAGCCACGUUGUGUUAAACAAUUGCACACAGACGACUUGAAAGUUGAUAUGCAAACAUUUACAUCAGCUCUUCUAGUGCUUAUCUUUGGCUAUGCAGUUAGUCUGUUGAUUUUGGGCUUAGAGAUUAUGUAUCAUAAAUUAUGGCAACGUUAUGCGACAACAUAA